AUGAUUUAAAUUCCCAAUUUAUAGUUUAGUAAUUAUAAUAAUUUAUUAAAGUCACCAUAUUUCUUAUCUGACCUCAUACCCUUAUGGACUGGUGGAGAGACAUUUAUGGAAAUGAGAUUCCAGAUUAGGUGUAAUUCUACUCAAGUUGAAAAUUACAGAAAAGAUCAGCUAAUGGGAGUGAGGCUUAUAGCACAAAAUACACUGACAUAAAGAAAAAGGAACUAUUUGAUCGAAUUUUAACCAAAUUAAUUAUAAGCCUAAGUAUUUGGAUAUCAUGAAGAUGAUGAGCUCACUGUAUCAAAUUUAUUACUUUAUUUCUCUCUUCUUAAAAAAUCCAGCCUAACAAUAGGAUUAAAACAAAAAUCUAUGCUAAUAAGCAUUUACAGCUAUCUAAUAUUAAAAUUAUAGUAGUAAAUAUAAAUGUACACUAAUAAAUACAAAAUAGUUUUAAUAAAGUUAACAAUAGAUAAUGGCAGAAAUUUACAUGAUAAAAAUUGCUAAUAUAAUAACUCAAAAUUCAUAAUUUUAUUUUGA